AUGCUAGGGCGGCUGGAGAUGGAUAUUGAUGAGUGCAUCAAUGCCUAUACCGAGUUAAUGACAUCUGUUUUCAGGGAAAAAGCCAGCAGUCUCCCGAUUGACUGGUCGGGGAAUAUCAAAGCGCAAUACGAUAGCAAAGGGCUCCGGUGCGCGAUUGAAAAUGUCAUAUCUCGUACUGGCACAUCCCCUGUAGCACUCAUGGAUGAUGGUUUCCCUCGUCGGUGUCGAGCUUUUGUUUGUGCAACUGCGAAGGAAACCCUUCAAACAACACGUCUGCGGAGCUAUACGGUGUCGAACGAGGAAACAAUUCCAGCCACAAUCUGUGAAGCAGCCCUGGCAACAGCUGCUGCAACACGAUUCUUUGAGCCUGUGAUGAUUGGAAACCACCAAUUCGUGGACGGCGCAUUCGGUGCAAAUAAUCCCAUUGAAGAGGUCGAAGAAGAGGCAACAGACAUUUGGUGCCCAAGGUCACGCGAAUUGAAGCCAUUGGUCAAAUGUAUAGUUUCGAUCGGGACCGGAAAUCCUGGUCAGAAGGCUCUGGACGACAACAUCCUUCGAUUCCUGACGAAAACCCUAGUUCGCAUGGCGACCAAGCCAGAAGGUACUGAGAGGCGGUUUAUUGCACGAUGGCAGAACGAGUUCAAUGAGAAAAGAUACUUUCGCUUCAAUGUUGACCAAGGCUUGCAAGAUGUUCGCAUGACCGAUUACUCGAAACGAAACAUCAUCGAGACUACGACGCAUGAUUACCUUCACCAUGCGACGCAAAAAUCUCGUAUUAGGGAUUGUAUUGUGAAUCUAGUAGAGAAAGGAGGAAUGACCGGGGAUGAGCAGGAAAAACCGAUCUUGAUUUUGAACGACCCUUCGGGUAAGUCAUACCUUGAUCAACCAAAUCAAAAGUUUUCACCCAACUCAAAGAAUGGAGAUCAGAAUCACAAAGCUCUUACUCUUCACGAUCUGGUGUUACGGAGAACUCAAUUGAAUACCCAUUUUCUGGCGACAAGAUCACCGUGCUGGAUUGUACCUUUUGAGCGGAACGCACGAUUUGUCGAUCGAGAGGCACUGACUGAGAUCAAACUCAAGCUACUCACUUCCGAUCACUCGGAAAGAACUGCCUUGUUUGGGCUUGGAGGCUCCGGUAAAACCCAAAUAGCAAUUGAGUUGGCUUACGAGACGAGGGAGAGAUGGCCAGACCGUUCCGUUUUUUGGAUACCUGCCUUGAAUCAUGAGAGCAUUCAGCAAGCAUACCAGAAGAUUGGCCAUGAACUUGGCCUUGAACAGAAUGAAAACGAGAAAGAGGAUAUCAAAACCCAAGUUCAAAAAUAUCUCAGUCAUGCGCAUACCAAGCCCUGGCUUCUAAUCUUCGACCAUGUCGACGACAUCGACCUAUGGGUGGAAUCAAACACCACACGGAACGACGGGCUGAUGAAAUUUCUGCCCAAGCACCACAAAGGAGUGAUCCUUUUUACGACACGGAGUAAACGAGUUGCUCAUAAACUCGCAUCAACCGGAAUCAUUGAGCUUCCCGAAAUGGAUGAACGCAGAGCCACCUCGGUCCUACGAAACUCGCUAGUCGACAAAAGCUUGCUCAACAAUCGAGAGCACACGAAGGUCCUGCUAGAACGUCUCGCGUUUCUUCCACUUGCUAUCACACAGGCCGCUUCAUUCUUGAACGAAAAUCAAAUGGACAUCGCAAGCUACAUACGUCUUCUAGAUGGGCAAGAGCAAGACGCCAUCGACCUACUGGGCGAGGAUUUUGAGGACGAAGGGCGAGGAAAAAGCAUCCGCAAUGCAAUUGCGAAAAAGUGGCUCACAUCAUUCUCCCAACUGGCAGCGCAAAAUUCAUUUGCUUCCGAGUGCCUCUCCAUAAUGGCUUGCCUAAACCCGCGAGAUAUCCCAGUAUCGAUUCUUCCACGCCGCACUGAGCUCGAACUAGAAAAGGCGAUUGGGAUUUUGAGCUCCUACUCUUUUGUCCGAGCGCAGGAAUCUGGAAAAUAUCUUGAUUUGCACCCCUUAGUGCACUUGGCCACGAGGAACUUCCUCAGGUCUAAUGGUUCGUGGAGGGAUUGGCAAAGAAGGGCAAUAGUAACCCUUGGACAACGAUUUCCUGCUGCCUAUAAUGGUGGGGAAUCAGUCAGGAACCUCUGGCGUUCCGCAAUGGCUCAUGGAAUCUAUAUCGUCGAUGAAAUUGCCGCUGAAACUAGAUGUUUCUGGACCGCCCAACUUUUGUAUUCCUUGGCCUGCUGUACCAUGCUUGAGGCUCGAUACAAAGAUGCCGAGAAACACUGCCUCAAAGCUAUUGAAUUGAAGAAGGAGGUCUUCGGAAGCAAAAUAGGGGCAACUCUACCAGAAAUGUCACUACUCGCAACGAUCUACCACCUCGAUGGUCAGAUCCAAAAAGCUUUGGUAAUUGCUGAAGAAUCUCUGAAGUCCCACAAAGAGCUUUUUGGUGGAAACGACAGGCGGACUGUCACUUCCAGGACUAAGAUAUCCCUGGUUUACAAGGAUUCAUUCAAGUACGAAGAGGCGGAGAAGCUUGCGAGGGAAUCCCUAAGGUUUCAUCUUCGGAACUACGAUUUGACCCAUUACGAUACAAUUGUCUGUCUGGACAUCCUGACCAGUCUAUACAUUGACCGGGGUCAGUUCCAAAAUGCAGCUGAAUUGAGCCAAGUCACCUACCAGAUCACGCAGAGAAUUUGUGGACGAGAUCAUCCUUUAACUAUACCGAGUGCGUCGAGAUUGGCCGUAGCAUACCACCGCCAAUGGCGUCUCGACGAGGCUAACGCUAUAGUAUCUGAAAUACUUCCCAUGUCUCAGAUGAUCCUCGGGGACUGUCAUCCAACAACGCUCUCCAUUAUACUCUCUCUGGCAUUGAUAGCAAGAGACCGAAAUGAAGAUUCAGAGGCCUUGGGCUUGAUGACAGAGAUGGUCCGUAUGGGACGCGGUUACAAUGGGACAUAUCCGAUUACCUUGGACGCGUCUGCUCUUCUAUCUGAAUGGCAAAAUGAGUAUGUUUGA